AUGAAUUGGAUUGAUAAUUUAAUAUUAUUGGUUAAGCGUUUCCGUAUGGAAACCAAAGCCGCCAAAACCCUAGGCAUCAUCGUCGGAGGCUUCAUUUGCUGCUGGCUGCCCUUCUUCACUAUGUACCUGGUACGCGCCUUCUGCGCCGACUGCAUCCACCCCCUAGUCUUCUCCAUCCUGUUCUGGUUGGGGUACUGUAACAGCGCCAUCAACCCCCUGAUCUACGCUCUCUUCUCCAAGGACUUCAGGUUCGCCUUCAAGAGAAUCAUCUGCAAGUGUUUCUGCACGGGGAAAGGCUCGAUGAAUUCUCGGAGAGGAUCGGAUGGAUCUCAACUACAAGGCCGUCAAUUCAGAUCACCCAGUUACAACGUCCAAGUGCACGGCAACUCCCUGGGCGAAGAGAGCGACCCCGGCGGGGACCCGUCCGACUCCAGGUGA